GUACUUCUCCCCCCGCCCGUUUUCGCCCUAUAGCACCGAAACUGACGGCAGCAAUGGAACAUGACUUUGCUCCUUGUGUCUGUUCGGUCAACAGGGGAGGGUUUGGAGUUUCCAGGGUUCCUAUCGACCUUGCGCUGGCGGUGACGAUCUGGCGCCUGGCAUGUCCGACGACGCUGAUCCGGGACCGGCUCGUUUGGGGGAUAGCGGAACAGAUGAUACGCGAGAUGUUCAACCUCACCAUCGAAGCGAUCUUUGAUCGCUGGGGUCAGCUGGCAAUUUAUGAGAAAGGUGCCCCGCUCACGCGUUGUUGGGGCUUUAUCGACGGCACUAUUCGCGCGAUCUCGCGACCUAAGCGUAAUCAGAGAUUGUGGUACAAUGGUUGGAAGCGAAAGCACGCGUUGAAGUAUCAAGCGAUCGACACCCCCGAUGGGAUAAUUCGCAUGCUUUGGGGUCCCAUACUCGGGCGUCGCCACGAUGUCGCCAUGGUAGGGGAAAGUGGUCUGCUGCAAGAUCUGCAGCAGUGGUUCAACGACGCAGCAGGCACCCCUUACUACGUAUUCGGCGACCCUGCGUACAGCCUUUCGCCCUGGUUGCUGGCGCCGUACAAGGGGGUUUUAAACGCCUUCGAACAGACCUUCAACACCGCAAUGAGCUCCGUCAGAGUCUCGGUUGAAUGGGGGUUCGGAAAANCUUGUCCACGAGCACGUUGA